CGUCAUGUACCCCGUGCGGAAGCGGUCGUCAUCAUAAAAAGCGAAUCUCUUCAUAUCCCGGACAUGUCAUGGAUUAAGGAAGGCGAGUUAAACCUGCUCGAGAGGAUUUCAGCCAAUAUCCUCAAGGCAGGACCCAUGCCUAAACACGUGGCCUUCAUCAUGGACGGCAACCGUCGCUUUGCACGCAGAAAGAACAUGGAGCGCCAAGAGGGUCACAUGCAGGGCUUCAACAAAUUAGCAGAGACACUUCGUUGGUGCAAGCAUCUGAACAUCCCCGAAGUAACGGUGUACGCUUUCAGCAUUGAGAACUUCAAGCGCACUAAGGAUGAAGUGGACGGCCUCAUGGAACUGGCCAAGCAGAAAUUUGAAAAACUUUUGGAGGAACGGGAGAAUCUGGAAAAACACGGCGUUUGCAUCCGGGUGCUGGGUGACUUGAACCUGCUGCCACUGGACCUCCAGCAGCUCAUCGCCAAAGCGGUGCUCGCCACGCGAACUCACAACAAGUGUUUUUUGAAUGUGUGUUUCGCCUACACGUCACGAUAUGAAAUGACUAACGCGGUGCGAGAGAUGGCCUGGGGGGUGGAGCAAGGACUGAUUGAAGCCAGCGACGUAUCGGAGGCGUUGCUGAGCGAAUGUCUGUACAGCAACAACUCUCCCAAUCCCGACCUUCUCAUCCGGACCUCAGGCGAAGUGCGCCUCAGUGAUUUCUUACUCUGGCAGACGUCCCAUACGUGUUUAGUAUUCCAGUCGGUUCUGUGGCCUGAGUAUUCCUUUUGGAACUUGUGUGAAGCAAUUCUCCAGUAUCAAGUCAACCACAAAUCCAUUCAGAAUGCGCGGGACGUCCAUAGAGAACAUCAAGCACUGCAGCAGAUGGAGGCAGACCGCGCCCGUGCCGCCCAGCACCUACAGCGCCAUGGCAACGGCAGACCCGCCGAUGCCAGUCGUCGACAGGAAGCAGUGUCGAGUUACGCCGCCCAACGCCAAGAGCGAGUGCGCAACUUUCUGGAGGCGCUCACGCAAAAGCGGGACUCUUUCUAUACCGAUUUGCACGACGGCAUGUCGGCUUAUUAGCGCCUCCGUGUGGACAACCACUCUUCCAACAAUCUGCUGCUCAGCAACUACAGUGGUCACGAAGAGAUUAAACGACAACCCCUAUGGGGUUCUAGAGUUACUGGCAUAUUUAUAAAUGUAGAUUUAAAGAAAAAUUAUAAAUUCAAGCGCUUAUAUGUGUCUGGUCAAAAUUUAGUUAAAGGUGUUAAGUGUCUGACGUGCAUGCUGUGAUCUGUGGAGUGACCACUGUGACAUUAUAACCUGUUAAAUCAAGUUGAUGACACUAGAUUUUGACCAGUUUAAUCAAAAAUAAUAAAGUGAUUAUUGAUUGUUCCCCUUACAGUGGUGGCUAAUAAAUUAAUUAUCCAUCUAUUAUUUACGAUCCCUUUUUAAUUUUAAACAUUCUAUGCUUUAUAUAAUCUCUGACCCCUGCAAUCCCAUAUCAUACCAAAAAAAUCCAAUUUUGUCGUUUAGCGUCCUCUUGAGGCACUGAUCUCCAAUUACAACAAGACCCUCCUAUACUCCCACCUCAUGUCUGACCAAAAGGGGGCGAAGCCCCGUGGCCACGUGACACAGUUUCGUCCAAUGACAACCGGCGCCAUGUCCAACUGGUUCAAACUGGUUCGGCUCUUAUAUUUCAUGGUAUAAACUAGAAAAACAUUGCUCUGAGAUAUACAUGCGCCAUUUUAAGCAGCUCUCCUGUCUGCACAGCACAGUGACCCACUUGUGAGGAAGAGAAAAAAAAACCUUUUCACUCAUUUUUUCCCACAUUUUAUAGGCGACAAUAUGGCUAAAGCGAAGACAAGUGGAACCAUUGAGAGAAGAUGUUCCCCACGCCUGGCAUUGAAACCCAAACCCCCUGCGGUCGAAUCCAAGAAGAAAGCUGCCGCAAAGAAAGCGCCCAAAGCUAAGAAGUCCAAGGCAGAGAAUGGCAACGCCAAGGCUGAGGAGCCCAAGGCGGACGCCGCAGAGGCCAAGUAAAAUGAGUUGAAGCCGACGAUCUCUCUCUGAAGCCCCCACCCUUGCCCCCCUCCCUACCCCUCCUGUGUACUUGGUGAUUGUACAGUUUGAAAUAAGUAUUUUUUACCAAGUUUUAUAUUACAAAUGUCAUUUAUUAGUAUGCCUUGCACUUGAUGUAACACAUGGUGUUCUCACAACGCUCACUCUUAUCUAUUUUGGAAUAUCUACACCCGUGCCGUCCGUACCCUGUAGCUUGCCGUCUUUCUCCUGUUUGUCUUUUUUUUUUUAAUGCUGAAGAGUAGAUCCUUUGCCUCGUGUCUAAGUUUGUUUUUGUUUUUCAAACAUAAGGCAGCUAUUAAAAAGUGUUUUGAGUCACAGCUUACCAAAUGUUUUUGAAACACUCUACAGUGUUUAAAAAAACAACAAAAAAACUGCCAGCUUACCGAAGAACCACAUAUCAUAUGAAUUCAAAUCACCCGAUGAAGAAACUUACUGUUAAGCUAUGUUGAUGACUCCAAUGGUUAACCUAAAUGUUACUGAAAUAAACAUUUUUAAAAAGUAAA